ACCAGCAAUCCAACUGGAGAUUUUACUUUACAAACAAAAAUUAAAAUUUCCGAUAAAAAGAUUCACAAUGCAAGGGAUAAUCUUUACAAUUUUGGCAGUAGGGUUUGCUUGUGGGAAUGCGGCCUUUCUAAAUCAAACAACUGACUUGCCACCCAUCAAUGGCACUACCUGGGCACCACCUGUGAAUGGCACUACCUGGGCACCACCUGUGAAUGGCACUACCUGGGCACCACCUGUGAAUGGCACUACCUGGGCACCACCUGUCAAUGGUACAACUUGGGCACCACCAAUUAAUGCCACUACUUGGGCACCACCCAUCAAUGGCACUACCUGGGCACCACCCGUGAAUGGCACUACCUGGGCACCACCAGUGAAUGGCACUACCUGGGCACCACCAGUGAAUGGCACUACUUGGGCACCACCAGUGAAUGGCACUACCUGGGCACCACCUGUAAAUGGCACUACUUGGGCACCACCUGUCAAUGGUACAACUUGGGCACCACCAAUUAAUGGCACUACUUGGGCACCACCUGUCAAUGGUACAACUUGGGCACCACCAAUUAAUGCCACUACUUGGGCACCACCCAUCAAUGGCACUACCUGGGCACCACCUGUUAAUGGUACUACCUGGGCACCACCAAUUAAUGGCACGACUUGGGCACCACCUGUCAAUGGUACAACUUGGGCACCACCAAUUAAUGCCACUACCUGGGCACCACCCAUCAAUGGCACUACCUGGGCACCUCCUGUGAAUGGCACUACCUGGGCACCACCAAUUAAUGGCACUACUUGGGCACCACCUGUCAAUGGUACAACUUGGGCACCACCAAUUAAUGCCACUACUUGGGCACCACCUGUCAAUGGUACUACCUGGGCACCACCCAUCAAUGGCACUACCUGGGCACCACCCGUCAAUGGCACUACCUGGGCACCACCAAGCAAUGGCACUACUUGGGCACUACCUGUUAAUGGUACUACCUGGGCACCACCCGUCAAUGGCACUACCUGGGCACCACCAAGCAAUGGCACUACUUGGGCACCACCUGUUAAUGGUACUACCUGGGCACCACCCAUGAAUGGCACUACCUGGGCACCUCCUGUGAAUGGCACUACCUGGGCACCACCAAUUAAUGGCACUACUUGGGCACCACCAAUCAAUGGCACUACCUGGGCACCACAAAGCAAUGGCACAACUUGGGCACCACCUGUUAAUGGUACUACCUGGGCACCACCCAUCAAUGGCACUACCUGGGCACCUCCUGUGAAUGGCACUACCUGGGCACCACCAAUUAAUGGCACUACUUGGGCACCACCUGUCAAUGGUACAACUUGGGCACCACCAAUCAAUGGCACUACCUGGGCACCACCUGUCAAUGGUACAACUUGGGCACCACCCGUCAAUGGCACUACUUGGGCACCACCAAUCAAUGCUACAAUCCCAUCGAACCAAACAGUCUUCAUAAUUGCCUAAACCAAUGGGAACCGACGUUUUACUACUAGAAAUCAAAAAUGCAAAUUUAUCACUGUCUGAAUUAUUUAAAAUUUCUCACUAUCUAACUCUCUAACAAAUUAAUUUCUUUUACCAUUAGUGGAUUGGCCUGCUUGUAAAUCGAAAUUUCAGAUACAACGUUUAAAUAUGAUCUAUGGUAUAAUAAAAUGCAUAUUGACAUUGCACAUAAAUUGCAAA